AUGGGCGAGGCCGACAGCUACCUCGGCUCUGGCCAGCCGCAAUACCAGCAGCAGCCGUACGGCCAGCCGCAGCAGCAAUACGGUCAGCAGCAACAACAAGCCAACUACAACUACAACGGUGGCAACCAGCAGGCAUGGGGCAACAACCAGUCCUACCCUCAGCAGCCGAAUUACGGCGCUCCUCCCCCCUACAGCGUCAACCCUCCCCAGCCAAACGACGACAAGUACUCGUUCGACGAGGCCUUUAAGCUCGAGAAGCCAAAGUACAAUGAUGUCUGGGCCGGCGUUUUGUUCCUUCUCUUCGUCGCCGGAUACGUCGUCGUCGCAGUCAUCUCCAUCCGUGGCUAUCGAACAACUGGCGCCCCCGGCAGCGGCAUCUACCGCGGCAACAAUUUUUCCCUCAACAGCAACACCCUCGCACUCUUUGGCUGCGUCCUUGCCGUCGCCUUUGUCUUCUCCUGGCUCUACAUCACCGUCGCCCGCCUCCUUCCGAAGCAGCUGAUUUGGAUCACCGGCAUCCUGAACCUUGCCUGGGCUCUGGGAACCGCCAUCUUCUACCUCUACAAGCGCUACUGGUCCGCCGGCAUCGUCUUCCUCGUUUUUGCCGUCUUCAUGGCCUUUGCCUUUUACACGUGGAUCCCGAGAAUCCCCUUUUCGGCCUUGAUGCUCAAGACGAGUGUCAACGUCAGCAAGCGCUAUGGCCACGUCUUCCUCGUGAGUCUGCUCGGCGGCCUCGUGGGCAUCGUGCUUUCCGGCUUGUUCUCGGUAACGCUCGUCUCCAUAUACGUCCGCUUUGAGCCGUCCAAAAACAACCCAAACUGCGCCGACGGAAGCUGCAGCCAAGCCAAGCUCAUAGGGCUUAUUGCCUAUGCCACUUUUACCAUGUUCUGGAUCAGUGAAUGGCUGAAAAACACCCUUCACUGUACUGUCGCCGGGGUAUUUGGAUCCUGGUACUUUUGCGUCAAUAACUUUCCCAAACGCGCGACCCGUGGCGCGUUGAGGCGCUCCCUCACCUACAGUUUCGGCUCCAUCAGCCUUGGAAGUCUUCUCGUCGCCAUCAUCCAGUUCCUGCGCCAGCUGUGCUCCAUUGCUCGUCAGCAGGCUGCCGACGAUGGCGGCAUUGGCGGCAUGGUUCUCUCCAUUGUCUUUUGCAUUCUCCAGUGCCUCGUCGGCCUCCUGGAAUGGGCCCUGGAGUUCCUCAACCGCUACGCGUUUGUCAAUUGCGCCCUGUACAACAAGCCCUACUUCAAAGCUGCCAGUGAUACCUGGAGGAUGAUCAAGGACCGCGGCAUAGACGCCCUUGUCAACGAGUGUCUGAUUGGCCCAGUUUUCAGCUUCGGCGCCAUGUUUAUCGGAUUUGCCUGCGCUCUGCUGGCAUACUUGUUUCUCCUCUUCACCAAUCCCGAGUACAACUCCAAUGGCGCCUUCACUCCGGUUGUGAUGGCCUUUGCCUUCCUCAUUGGCUUCCAAGUCUGCCACGUCCUGACAACUCCGCUAUCGAGCGGCAUCGACACCAUCUUCGUGGCGGCAGGAUGGGACCCCCAGGUCAUGAUCCAAGACCACCCGGAGCUGUACCAGGAGAUGGUGCGCGUCUACCCGAACGUGCAGCAGGCCAUCCAGGUGCGUUGA